AGAGUUUUUAAAAGUGAAUUAACGAAUCAACAUAGUCAGUAUACAUUUGUGUCUUAUACUGUUUGACUUACGUUAGUGUAAAAAAUUAAUCGCGAUGAUGAAGUUACUCGUAACAUACGCGUCUUUACAGUGUAUAUUUUUGAUAGAGACGUACCACGCUAGGCAUGUUACUGCUCCGGAAGAAAAUGGCAUCAGGAUCCCGCUGACAAGAAUUUCUCCAACGAAAGAAGAAGAAGUGAACUCAACAGUCGCAUUCAGAUCGAGCAAUGGAUUAACCGAAAUCCACAUUCCGCUCAGUAGCUACAGAUCUGAACUUGGAUAUUAUGGAAAUAUUUCAAUUGGAACGCCACCUCAGAAGAUGAAAAUUAUGUUUGGUACAGGAUGGCAUCACCUAUGGGUCCAUUCAAGUCUUUGUAAUCAUGCGGAAUGUCAUCCACAAAAGCAUAAUCGAUAUGAUCGUUUUUCCUCAAAAACGUUCCAAAAGUAUGGAGAAUCUGCUGAAUCCAUUAUCACGGGUCCUUUAGGAACGCUAAUCGGGUCUUGGUCUAGUGACAUAAUUACAAUAGAAGGCGUCCAAGUGAAAAAUCAAAGCUUCCUCUCAGCCUACUCCAUGGAAGAGAAAAUCGGGAGUAGAACAAACGAUGGGUUCAUGGGAUUAAAUUACAAACCAGAAAGGGAUUCUGUCAACAUAAUAUCAAAAUUUUGUGAACUAAAAGGAAUGAACGACAGUACAUUCUCAUUUUAUUUAACCAAGAAUGUUACGGAAAUGAAAGGUGGCGAGUUAAUGCUAUGCGGUUCAGAUAGAUCCAAGUACCAAGGAAAACUAAAUUAUAUAAGUGAAGUGGAAAGUUCCCUCGGCCACUCAUGGACCAUACCGAUUGAGAAAAUUUCAGUUACGAGUGAUUACGGCGGUAAAAAAUCCACAGAAAUCAUCGCCGCGAAUAUUGCAGCCAUUGUUGACACCGGUACGUCGUCGGUUCAUGGGAAAAAAGACCACUUCAAUGCAUUUUUCAGACAAUUGGAGCCAUUCUUCUCGAUCGACGACUUUCUCUCAAACCUGCACAGGCUGCCAAACGUAACGUUUAGGAUUGGCGGCGAAGAUUAUGUAAUCACAGGACCAGAUUAUAUGGUACGAUUAGGGCACACGGUCAUGCUCGGUAUAACUGAAACGGAUACGCCAUUUUCCGAUGAAUGGGUUUUAGGAGAAGUUUUUCUCCGGAACUACUAUUCGGUGUUCGAUAUGGAGAGACGUCGAAUAGGAUUAGCCAAAAGCGUGCAGACUUGAAUGAAUAUAUUUUCCAAUCGCUUCAGUUGUCAAUCACUUCGUUGAAAAGUAUCUUCUAAUAGUACACAAUAAAUCUUGAAUCGAUUCUAGUGAAUAAUUUAGGAUGUAAGGUAUUUUUAGACUUUGUAAUUUAUAGGUUAAUGUACAUAUUAGAUACAUAUUAUUUAUUUGUAAUCUUUUAUACAUUGGUGUGGUAGUCGUUCUGAAAACCAUAUCCUUGUUUUGUCUCAUCACAAUAAACCAUGAGUACUUGAUCA